CUGCCGCUUUGAUUUCGGGCAGGUCCGUCAGAACCUCGGGAAGGGAUUCCUGAAGGUGGGAAAUGUCACCUGAUUCACACUGAACUUUUAAAAGCUCCCCACCCCCAAAGAGCCGGGCACACCCUCGGUCGCAGCCGCCCUCCCACAGCCCCCACACACUGGGAGACCGCCCACCGCAAACCGCGAAGACCCCUGUCUACAUUUAAAGCGCGGCUGCGCCCGGCUUCUGACGUCCAUUGAAUCGCGCGGGCCGCCGCUGGCGAGCGCGGGGCUGCGCCGGGAUCGCUGCGCCCUCCGCCGCUCGCCUCUGCGACGCGCGCCGCUUGCCCUAGCCACCCGCCGCCGCGCCGCGCUCCUCGGCCCGCGCCUGCCCCAGGAUGGUCUGCGCGAGGCACCAGCCCGGCGGGCUCUGCCUCCUGCUGCUGCUGCUCUGCCAGUUCAUGGAGGACCGCAGCGCCCAGGCUGGGAAUUGCUGGCUCCGCCAAGCCAAGAACGGCCGCUGCCAGGUCCUAUAUAAGACAGAACUCAGCAAAGAAGAGUGCUGCAGCACCGGCCGGCUGAGCACCUCAUGGACAGAGGAAGACGUGAACGACAACACUCUCUUCAAGUGGAUGAUUUUCAACGGGGGCGCCCCCAACUGCAUCCCCUGUAAAGAAACUUGUGAGAAUGUGGACUGCGGACCUGGGAAAAAGUGCCGAAUGAACAGGAAGAACAAACCCCGCUGCGUCUGUGCCCCGGACUGUUCCAACAUCACCUGGAAGGGUCCAGUGUGUGGGCUAGAUGGGAAAACCUACCGUAACGAAUGUGCACUCCUCAAGGCGAGAUGUAAAGAGCAGCCGGAACUGGAAGUCCAGUACCAGGGCAAAUGUAAAAAGACUUGCCGGGAUGUUUUCUGUCCAGGCAGCUCCACGUGUGUAGUUGACCAGACCAAUAAUGCCUACUGUGUGACCUGUAAUCGGAUUUGCCCGGAGCCCUCCUCUUCUGAGCAGUAUCUUUGUGGGAAUGACGGAGUAACCUACUCUAGUGCUUGCCACUUGAGAAAGGCCACCUGCUUGCUGGGCAGAUCAAUUGGAUUAGCCUAUGAGGGAAAAUGUAUCACAAAGUCCUGUGAAGAUAUCCAGUGUGGUGGUGGAAAAAAAUGCUUAUGGGAUUUCAAGGUGGGCAGAGGCCGGUGCUCCCUCUGUGAUGAGCUGUGCCCUGACAGUAAGUCCGAUGAGCCCGUCUGUGCCAGUGACAACGCCACUUAUGCCAGCGAGUGUGCCAUGAAGGAAGCUGCUUGCUCUUCUGGUGUGCUGUUGGAAGUAAAGCACUCCGGAUCUUGCAACUCCAUUUCGGAAGAUACCGAGGAAGAGGAGGAAGAUGAAGACCAGGACUACAGCUUUCCUAUAUCUUCCAUUCUAGAGUGGUAAACCUUCCACCAGUGUUUAGUGUUGGCAUAGUCUUUGGGGAAAAAAAAAAAAAGAAAAGAAAAAAAGAAAAAAGAA